CACACACCUUUGAUCCGCCUAUGAAUACUAAGCGGUGAUAAAACUGAAUAGCAGAAAUGGUGACUUUUUCAAGUUCAGGUUGUAUAUAAAUGCCAAACGAAUGACCAACUUUAACUAAUUAAGUCCACAAUAUAAUUAUAUCGUCAUAUUGACAAAAAUGAUAGUCGGAAAUUAUCAAAUAGAACGAAAGCACGCGUGCGCGGCUUUUGGCGGCAUUUCUCUGCAUACGCGCGUUGGUCAAGUCACUCCUAAAUCCAAAACAGCACAUCACCCAGAAGAAGAUUGUAUUAGAAGUUUUGUUUUAUAGUCUGUUGGUUAUUUGAUUAUAAGUAGUCUGGAUAUACCAUUAUAAAAUAGGAUGGCAGAAGGAAAUGGAAGAGAUCUACCUCGCUCAUAUCUUAGAAGAUGGAGAAUGUAUAACACUGAGGUAGAAAACUUGGCUUGCCUAAGUGAUGAUGAGGAAAGUGUGUCGAGCCAUGUAUCAGCUGUACAAGAAGGUUCAGAAAGAAUGCAUGAAUUGUCUGAAAGUCAGAGCAGUAACAUUAAUAUUAAUCAUGAAUAUGGCAACAAUGAAAAUGAAGCGAGUAGUGAUAAUGUCGAAAGCAGUAAUGAUGAAGAAAUAAGUAGUGAAGAAGAACAGAGUAGUGAAAAUGAUAGUUCUGGAAGUAGCCGAGUAUCAAGUGAAGAUGAACAAUCUGAUUCUGAUAAUAAUGAUCUUUGUAAAGAUUUAGCUGAAUGGGCCACUGAGAACAAAACAUCAAGAGAUGGCUUAAAUUCUUUGUUAUUUAUCUUUAGAAAAUAUGGACACCGCGUUCCAAAGGAUUCUAGAACACUGUUAAAAACUCCUCGACAUAUCGAUAUAAAUAAAAAAUGUGGAGGUGACUAUAUAUAUUUAGGAAUUGAAAGUGGUAUUUUAAAAAUUUUGACUCAAAACGCAAGACAUUUUACAAGAAAUAAUGAGCUGUUGUUAGAUUUUAACAUUGAUGGUGUCCCACUUUUUAAAUCAUCAAACACACAGUUUUGGCCUAUAUUAUGCAGUUUGUCAAAAUAUGAACCUUUUAUAGUGGCUUUAUACUGUGGAAAUUCCAAGCCAAAUUCUGUGCAGGCUUAUUUGUCAGAUUUUUUAGGAGAGUUGGAAAAUUUAAAAACGCAUGGAAUAACUUUUAAUGAAAUUUUAUACACCGUCAAAUUAAAUGCUUUUAUAUGUGAUGCUCCAGCCAGGUCCUUCAUAAAAUGUACUGUAGGUCACAAUGGUUACUACAGCUGUGAAAGAUGUACCAUUAGGGGUGAGUGGAAUGGCCGUGUUGUUUUUAAUUCAUCUGAUAACAGUCCUCCAUUGCGAACUGAGGAGGAAUUUAGAGCAUGCCUAUACAGCAACCAUCAAACAUCACGCUCACCAUUAAUAGAUGCAGGACUGUUUUGCAUAAAUACCUUCCCACUUGACUACAUGCAUUUAGUUUGUCUAGGUGUAGUGAAGAGGAUUCUUAUGUUCCUGAAGCAAGGUCCAAGGGAGUGCAAGUUGUCACAACAACAACUUAAAUUGAUAUCAGACAAACUAAAAAACCUCCGUGGGAAAAUGCCAAGGGAGUUUGCUAGACAGCCACGUUCUCUUGAAUUGGACAAAUGGAAAGUAACAGAAUUCAGACAGUUUGUCUUGUACAGUGGGCCCUUAGUGCUGAAGUCUGUUCUUUCUAGGGCUAUGUACAACCAUUUUUUAACAUUGACCGUGGCCUUAAGCAUUCUUUUAGACUCAAUUAAAGAAACCAGAAAUGCCUACUUGGAUUAUGCCCAAGAACUUAUGACAUAUUUUGUGAAGAAUGCCACAACUCUAUAUGGAAAUACAUUUGUUUCCUAUAAUGUUCAUGCAUUGGUCCAUGUUACUGAUGACGUAAAAAACUAUGAUACAUCACUCAACGAUUUGAGUGCAUUUCAGUUUGAAAAUUAUUUACACCAGAUUAAAAAGAAGGUUAAAAAUGGACAAAACCCUAUUGUGCAAGUAGUCAAGCGAUUGACAGAGGCAGAAAAGUCUAAUAUUCGUCGUAUUCAUAGUAAGACCUUUAUGUAUGUAUCCAUGAAAAAAAAGGAUGGUUGUUUUCUUCUCUGGAAUCAGAAUUUCGCCUUUGUCAGAGAACGACGCCCAGGAAAAAAAUAUGUUUGUGAUAUAUUAAAGCCACAAUAUACUGAACAAUUUUUCAAGGAGCCAUGUGAUUCCAAAUUGAUUAACAUUGCUGUUGCUAAAAACAUAGAAAGAUAUGCUUCAAGGCAAAUGGUGGAAGAAGCUGACAUUGAAAGAAAAGUUGUUUGCUUGCCAUAUGAAGGAGGGUACCUGUUGAUGCCUAUGUUGCAUGGUAUUGAGAGACAUUAGGAAAAUAGUGAAGCAACAUGGGCGUUGGCUGUUUGGAAGGAGCAGGGUGAAGAGGAGGAGGGAACUUUACCACUCUCUUGGAUUGGAGAGAAACACAUCAUGUGGCCACCUGGCACCAAUGUAAAAAGGUUAAUGAAAGAGAUGAAAAAACCAAGUGACAACUGGAUGAAGUUUGAGUUGGUAAAAAUCAAGUUUAAAUCUAACAAAAGAAAAGAAUGUGAAGAUUAUGACUUUACCACUACAGCUGAAUUAUCUCCUGAUGAAGCUGAUAGUGAUCAUGGGAAAAAAAGGAUACUUAAGAAAAAAGUGUUCCAAGACUUUAUUACAGAAAUUGGUAAUGAAGAAGGCACAAAAGCUACUGAUAAAUCAGUUGGAGCAUCUAAAAAUGGAAAAAAUAAGGAUAAGGGUGAAAGUCAAGCUACUGUUCCAAGAAACCAAGAAAAAUCUUCAUCAAUGCCGAAGCCUCCCACAAAGUUAAUUGAAAGAAACGCACAGUGCAAAGAAUUGGUUACAGAGAAGAAGAGUUCCAGUCAGACUUCUAACCACAGAGAUUCUAGAUCGCCAUAAAAAAAA